GGAGAGGAUUCUUUAAACAGAAGAAAAUUAACGAUAAUUCACGGGCCAGAAAGAAUCUCCACGGUUUCUGUACACACCCAUGUUGUUAAAAUCAAUUGGGAUCUCAGGAACAAAGACUCGAAAAGUCUAAAAGGACUACACCUUUCCGCUCAUGAAAUGUUGAUUUACUAACCAGAAGCGAAGCAGGAUGUUAGCUUCAGGACCAGGUGGCCAGGGAACUAAGCACUUGCUGCUCUCGGUUCUGCUCCUUACAGCGUGGGAGGCCGAGAGCGGCCAAGUCCACUACUCGGUCCCGGAGGAGGCCAAACACGGCACCUUCGUGGGCCGCAUCGCCCAGGACUUGGGGCUGGAGCUGGCAGAGCUGGUGCCGCGCUUCUUCCGAGUGGCGUCCAAGGGUAACGGGGAUCCUCUGGAGGUAAAUCUGCAGAAUGGUAUUUUGUUUGUGAAUUCUCGGAUCGACCGGGAGGAGCUGUGUGGACGGAGCGCGGAGUGCAGCAUCCACCUGGAGGUGAUCGUGGACAGGCCGCUGCAGGUUUUCCAUGUGGUGGUGGAGGUGAAGGACAUUAACGAUAAUCCGCCUGUAUUCCCAGCAACACAAAAAAAUUUGUUUAUUUCCGAAACAAGGGCUCUUGACUCUCAUUUUUCACUAGAGGGCGCCUCUGAUGCAGAUAUCGGGGCCAACGCUCUGCUGACUUACAAACUGAGCCCCAGUGAGUAUUUCUCUCUGGAAGUACCCACCAACGAUGAUCAGGUAAAACCGCUCCAACUAGUACUAAAAAAACUCUUAGACAGGGAAGUCGCUUCAGAGAUUCUCUUGGUGCUCCAAGCAAUUGAUGGGGGCAAACCUGAGCUGACAGGUAGCACAGAGUUACACAUCACAGUGCUGGAUGUAAAUGACAACGCCCCAGUGUUUGACAAAGCAGUCCAUCGUGUAAAAUUACUGGAGAAUUCGAGAAACGGUACACUGGUUAUUAGACUUAACGCCUCGGAUUUGGAUGAAGGUUCAAACAGCCACAUUCUUUAUUCUUUUGCAACUGAUGUCUCCUCUAAUACAGAAGCCUUUUUCUGCAUAGAUUCAGCCAGUGGAGAAAUAAAAGUAAACGGAAAAAUAGAUUUUGAAGAAACUAAAUUAUGGAAACUUCAAAUAGAAGCAGUUGACAAAGGAAAUCCCCCGAUGUUUGGUCACUGCACAAUCUUGGUAGAAAUCUUGGACAUUAAUGAUAAUGCUCCGGAGUUGCUAGUGACGUCACUAUCGUUGUCUGUUCCAGAGGAUGCUCCCCCCGGCACGGUCAUUGCCCUAAUCAGUGUAACUGACCGUGACUCUGGUGCCAACGGGCAGGUGACCUGCUCACUAACAUCCCAUGUCCCCUUCAAGCUGGUGUCCACCUUCAAGAACUACUAUUCGCUGGUGCUGGACAGCGCCCUGGACCGAGAGAGCGUGUCGGACUAUGCUCUGGUAGUGACCGCACGCGACGCAGGCUCGCCUUCGCUCUCCGCCACGGCCAGCGUGUCCGUGGAAGUGGCGGACGUGAACGACAACGCGCCGGCAUUCGCGCAGCCCGAGUACACGGUGUUCGUGAAGGAGAACAACCCGCCCGGCUGCCACAUCUUCACGGUGUCUGCGCGGGACGCCGACGCGCAGGAGAACGCGCUGGUGUCCUACUCGCUGGUGGAGCGGCGCGUGGGCGAGCGUGCGCUGUCGAGCUACGUGUCGGUGCACGCGGAGAGCGGCAAGGUGUACGCGCUGCAGCCGCUGGACCACGAGGAGCUGGAGCUGCUGCAGUUCCAAGUGAGCGCGCGCGACGCGGGCGUGCCUCCCCUGGGCAGCAACGUGACGCUGCAGGUGUUCGUGCUGGACGAGAACGACAACGCGCCCGCGCUGCUGCCGCGGCCGGGGACGGGCGGCGGCGGCGGCGCUGUGAGCGAGCUGGUGUCGCGGUCGGUGGGCGCGGGCCACGUGGUGGCGAAGGUGCGCGCGGUGGACGCCGACUCUGGCUACAACGCGUGGCUGUCGUAUGAGCUGCAGCCGGCGGCGGGUGGCGCGCGCAGCCCGUUCCGCGUGGCGCUGUACACGGGCGAGAUCAGCACGACGCGCACCCUGGACGAGGCGGACUCGCCGCGCCAGCGCCUGCUGGUGCUGGUGAAGGACCACGGCGAGCCGGCGCUCACGGCCACCGCCACUGUGUUGCUGUCGCUGGUGGAGAGCGGCCAGGCGCCCAAGGCGUCGUCGCGGGUGCUGGCGGGCGCCGCUGGCGCCGAGACGGCGCUGGUGGAUGUCAACGUGUACCUGAUCAUCGCCAUCUGCGCGGUGUCCAGCCUGUUGGUGCUCACGCUGCUGCUGUACACGGCGCUGCGCUGCUCGGCUCCGCCCGCGGAGGGCGCGUGCGCGCCUGGGAAGCCCACGCUGGUGUGCUCCAGCGCGGUGGGGAGCUGGUCGUACUCGCAGCAGAGGCGGCAGAGGGUGUGCUCCGGGGAGGGCCCGCCCAAGACCGACCUCAUGGCCUUCAGCCCUAGUGUUCCCCCUUGUUCAAGUUCUGGAGAUAGUGGAGAACAACAGGAGAUUUUUGGGAAUGAUGUAAGUACAGUAAUUCUGAAUGUAUUUAAUGCCUGUUGA